AUGCGGUGUUUCUUCAUUUUGACAGUUGGCGUCCUUCUGCAGUUUAAAGUGGCGACCGGCAUCUGGUCUUGCAGCGAGGACGCGGACUGCACCAGCCCGCCUGGCAGCGUCUGCAGGGAGGGCUCGUGCGUCUGCCCGCUGGGGCAGCAGUCCGUUCUGGGCGGCACCUUAUGCUCUGACCUGGCGCCUUACUUCACGUCUCCCUGCUUCGAGGAUCACCAGUGCUACAGACUGUCCAACAAUUAUCAAUGUCGGAGACUGCCUGAUGCCGCCGAGGGCAUCUGCGACUGCAGACCUGGACACCACUACCUCAGGGGGAGGUGCUGGGCGUCUGCUGACUACGGCGAGCGUUGCGCGAGGGACGAAGAGUGUCUAGGGGUGGUCAGGGACCCCUACAGCAUGGUCUGCAACUCGACCUGCGUCUGCGCCCCCGGUUACUACCAGAGGCAGAGGGGCGAGUGCCGGAAGAUGGGGCUCGCUGUCGGUGACGGGUGCGUCCUGAACGAAGACUGUCAGUUCACCGGCGGGGCUUGCGACCAGGUCAACUUCAGAUGCUACAAUGUAAACGAAACAGCAGACAUACUCGAAGAUGUCAGCGCUGUUAAAAUGCACGACAUUGCGGGGAAUGGACAAGAUGGUGGCGUGGUCGAAUGUGACGCUGUCAACAGAUGUCCCGAGCCGUACGAAUGCUCGCGGUUCGGUGUCUGUCUGUGCCCAAUCGGCUAUUACAGCGCGGGGAACAAUUGCUCGGCUGAGCUCAGUUCCCCCGCCGCGGAAGGCCAGUGCAAUGGUCUACUGGCGAUGAUCGUAGACGGGAUAUGCACCUGUCCGCCCAAUUUCUUCUUCGACCUGAACAUGAGGGACUGCGUCAGAGUGACCCGUCGGUUCACCGACUCGUGCUUGACCGACCAGCACUGUCAUACUUUCGGCGCGGCCGCCCGCUGCGGCGCCGCCCGCCCGCCGUGGGGUCUGAGGUCCUGCGAGUGCGACCCCGACGUCGCCGUGUGGGACCCCAGGAGGGAGAUGUGCAGGCUCUUCGCAGGUAUUGGCGAGAUGUGCGAAGUGGACAGCGAUUGUUUAGCUGGCGAGUUGGAGAUCCAGUGCGUGCUGGACCCCGACGGCCAGGGUUACUGCACCUGCCCCGAGGGUCUGGAAGCGGUGGGCGGCCUCUGCCUCACCACGGGACUUGAGCUGGGCGACGCGUGCCAAGCGACCGCAGAAUGUUCCGGAACGUUGAAUACGGUCUGCGAAGGCGGCCGGUGCUCUUGUAUGGACGGGUACCAGGAGGAUGGUGAUUCAUGCGCUCCUGUAAUCGGCGGCACCUGCUCUGUGGACUCUGACUGCGUGAUAGAGAAUACUGUCUGCGUGCAGAACAAUGGCUCCAGGACUUGUCAGUGCAGCGACUCCUUCGUCGAUUACGAGGAACGGUGCUGGCCAGAGUCCCAGGGCUUCGGCGCCCCGUGCAACGUCACCUUGCAGUGCACAAGCGUCCUGGGCGAGUCUAGCAGCUGCUUGGAUGGGCGUUGCGGUUGCAGUCCGACCCACCACUACAGGGACGGCGGCUGCUGGCGUAUGACGGGUCUGUUCGAGGUCUGCAGCCGCAGUAGCCAGUGUUUCCUGGGCGAGUUGACCGACAGGGUGGUCUGCAGGAACAGCCUCUGCCAGUGCGACUUCGCCUACCCUUACUCCGAGGAAUUGCAGACGUGCACCUCGUCAGCUGCGAAGACUGUGGCCAGUAUCUCCUUCUUCGUCGUUACGCUGAUAUUCUGCAUGAGU